CUGACUAUUCUCACAUUAUCUGCCUCAUCCUGAGAGACUUGGCAAGAGCAGCUACGUGUCUGCAUGCAAGUAAAACAUACAAAAACCAACUAAGCUCUGAUUAUGGAUAAGAAGUUGGACCUGUCCAGACUAUCAGAAGAGGAGGCCAAACAUGUGUGGGACGUCAUUCAGAGAGACUUCGUCCUCAGGAAGAAGGAAGAGGAGAGGCUUGGGGAGCUUAAAUCCAAGAUUGAGAAGGAGGAAACAAAGAGGGAACUCCUGGGAUCUCAGUCAAAUCUGGCUGACUCUCACUGUAUCCGCUGCCUGCAGCCCUUUAAGUUCCUGGUGAACAGUAAACGGCAGUGUAUAGACUGCAAACUCUACACCUGCAAGACCUGCAGCCGCUACAACAAGAAAGAGCGUGGCUGGGUAUGCGACCCCUGCCGCAUGUCCAGGGUCCUAAAAAUUGGAACCUUGGGGUGGUACCAUGACAAUGUACACUCUCGCUUCAAGCGUUUUGGCAGUGCAAAAGUAAUGAGGUCACUGUACAAGAGAUUAAAUGAAGAUGGGCAACGUGAUGAUGACACACAGAGCAUGCCUGAUGUGCGCAAUGUGUGUAAUGGUCAUGAUGAAGAAAAUAUGGAUGCUGCUGAAGCUCAACGCUAUAAGCAGAUGCGAAAGACCAAGCGUCUACUCUCUGUGCACCCCAUGGAUCUUGACAUGGACGACUAUGCCACUCACUCUCGCAGACAGUCUGUCCAGUACAUCCAUGAAGAGAGAGGUCUGCGGAAUGAUCUAGAAUACAAUUCUGACAUGUACCAUCACCAUCAGCAUCGCAUGAACCGCAGGAAAAGUCUCGACAGGAUUUCACGCCCAGAUGAUGGACUGUAUUCUGAACACAGAAUGGUACGCGCUCGCUCUCUCUCUAAAAUCAACUCUUCCGUGGCUCCGCGCCAGAUCUACCUGGACACUUCAGAGGAGGAAGAUAUGUUUCGUUACCCUGUCUACCAGCUGCCCCCGCGACGCCGCAGUCGAGCAUCAUCUCAGGAAAACAUUCAACAGGGACCACCACCGAUCAAUGAACUGAGCAAGAGAAUGUCUGCCAUUGAGAGUCUUUUGAAUCGACUGGAAGAGAAAAUGACUUCGCCUUCUGAUCAGCCUGUUCAGCCCACAGCUGGGCAGAUGGACGAGGUGAAGCUUAGGCGAAAACUAGAUGAGCUGUUGAGCGACAAGGCGCUUUCCUCUGAUGAAGAUGAGCCGAAGAGACCUCCUAAGUCCAGAGGGUCCACUGUGAGGGGGGACCAGGCACCGAUGGCCCCCGUGUCCCAAGAACCCUUGAGCUCCUCCAGUGAUGAAAUGCCCACUGAAGCACAAAAGAGAUCCACCGCGGCGGCCCUAUGCGACAUCACAACUGAGAUUCUAAGAACAAUUAAUGCCACUGAAAGCGCUAUGAACGAGUUGGCCCACUCAAAUCCUAAUGACAGACUUCAGUUAGCGGGCACAGAUGUUAAGCAUGCCGAUGAUGCGUACAGGGAACUUGAGGAAAAUGUGUACCUGACUGCAGGGAAGUCCUUUGAUAUGGCAAAAAAGUUGCAAAUGAUUGAACAGAAUGCCAACAACAGCGGCCCGUUUAUUGAUUCAGAACUCUCUGAACUGGAGGACCAGGUUUCUUUGGCAGCCACUAAAGUUCAGAGCACAGAAAGUGAGGUCUCAGACAUUGAGAACAAGAUAGCUGCUCUAAGUGCUAAAGGAUUAUCAAUUGAUAAAGCCAAGAAAAAGGCACUGAGUAUACAACAAAAAAGGAAGUUUCCCCAAGACAUUCCUUCAAACAGAGUACACUUCUGAGUGUAAACAGGACAUUGCUUUAACUUCUGUUGCUCUGUAUUAAUCAGCCCUUAAUCCAUCAGUACAUUUGCCGCUUAUAUCCAUAAUGUACAUGCAUUCAGUCCAGAGGAUGUUUUGCAAAUCAUCAGAGGACAACACAUACAAAUAUGCUGAGCCCUGAAGGAUUAAACAGUAUUUUUCCAUCUAUAUAAAACCUUUAAUUGUGUGAAUUAUGUUGUUUCAGAAUGCAUGACAAUCAUUAUUGUGUUGUUUUUUUCAAUGGUACAAACUGGAUCACUUACUAGGCAUAACAUUUCUCUUAUACACAAAUGUUAUUUAGGCCACUGUCAAUGAGGUUAUCACAUAUUGAUAAUGAUAGUAUGUGAAGAUAUCGGUGUCCAUAUUACUCUGUAAUAUCAUGACUUAUCUAAAAUCCAUGAUCUUGACUUGGCACUAGUCAACUUUGUGUCUUUCGUGUAAAUGAUCAAGUGACUUCACUGAAAAAAAACAAAAACAAUAAUUACUUAAUUUUUCUUUGGCAAGUUUUUGCACAAAUAUUUUUUAAGUAAA